GCGGGGCUGCGCGGCGCGGGGCUAUGCAGCGCGGCACCGUGGAGCGCGGCAGGCGCACUACCCCGCGGAGGGGCGGGCGGCGCGGAGCUCGCAGUCUCGACACCUUUGCGGCGGAAGCGGAGGCCGCGCUGAGAGCUUGCCUGGAGGGAGAGGGGGCGGCGGAGGGGAGCGCCCCGGAGGCGAAGUUCCCGUGCCCUCUGGCCAUGUGGGAGCUCGGACACUGCGAUCCCAAGAGAUGCACCGGGAGGAAACUGGCCCGGAAAGGGUUGCUCCGAACCCUGCGCCUCCGCCAGAGAUUCCCGGGCCUCGUCCUCAGUCCUCUGGCUACCGAGUAUGUCUCUGCAGCUGACAGGCAUGUCAUUGCUCAGAGUGGAAUUGCAGUCAUAGAUUGCUCAUGGGCGAAAAUAGAAGAAACUCCCUUUAAGAGAAUGAGAGGAAGUCAUCUACGGCUGCUGCCUUACUUGGUGGCUGCAAAUCCUGUAAACUAUGGUCGGCCAUGCAAGCUGUCCUGUGUGGAAGCUUUUGCUGCGGCUUUUUGCAUUGUUGGAUUCCCAGACCUAGCCACCAUUCUUCUACGGAAAUUUAAAUGGGGUAAGGCAUUUAUUGACUUGAACAAAAAUCUCUUGGAAAAAUAUGCAGCCUGUCAUUGCCAGGAAGAAAUGCUGAGAGUUGAGAAUGACUUUUUAGCCAGCGUCGAAGAAACAAAAGAUGAAGAAACAGACCCUUUUGAUGUGGACUCAGGAAAAGAAUUUUCUAAUCCCAACAGGCCAAUCAAUGCCCCAGGACAAGCAGAAAGUAGUGAAGAAUCUGAGGACAGCAUGAGCACUCCAGAUGAUGCCACGGAAAGCAGUGAUGAGAACAGUCAAGAAGAUGAUGGUACUGUAAAGUUGCUGCAACAGCCACCAAUAAACCAACUAUUUGAAAAUUAAAAAAAGAAACACCACAAAACAUAACCAAACCCAAAACAAAAUACCAAAAAUGGCAAUGAAUAAAAAAACCACCAGCAAUCCCAAAGAUUUGUAAUUUCUUAUGUAAAGGAAUGUUCUUGUGAACCGUUAACAGUGUGGCUUGUUCACCUGUAACUUGGUGCUCAGCAAAUACCUUCCUUUAGGUGAACUUCAGGCUACGUGUGGGUUUAUAGGUCUAUUUAUGCAUAUAAAGGUUUUAGCUUAUUUAGUGUUUAGAUAAUUGUUUAUGGCAUGCUAGUUAUUAUGUAAAUAGCCUAGAACUUAGUUACAAGUUUAAAAAACCCUUGUAUUCUAAUAAAUGUGUCUGGAAAGCA